AUGAAGUUCCUCAGUUUGUUAGUAUUUCUGGUAUCUGCCACGUCAUUCGUGGAUUCCUAUAAAAUUCUAAUGUACAGUAAUCUAUUCGGACAUAGUCAUGUGAAGAUGUUGGCUGCCGCAAGUGAUGUUUUGACUGACGCAGGACAUAAUGUGACAGUCUUGAUGCCCAUCUUCGAUCCACUGCUCCGUAACAAAACGUCUCUGAAAUCCACGAAGAACACGAUUUUUGUCGACCCGGCUCCAAAUGUAGAACAGUUGAUGGAGGACAUGAGAGAGUUUCUUACAAACUUGUGGACAGCCGACAAUGCGAAUCCGUUGGUUAUGUUGGCUAAAGCUGGAGACAUGGCGAGAGUAUUCAGUGAACAAUGCAAACGAGUUAUGUCUGAGCCAGGAUUGAUUGAAAAGUUAAAGGCAGAGAACUACGAUUUGGCAAUUACAGAACCAUUCGAUACUUGUGCAUACGCAUUGUUCGAAGCCAUCAACAUCCGUGCCCACGUGGCAAUCCUCUCUGCCAGUCGUUUCGAUCAUGUGACAGAGGUAAUUGGACAACCAAUUGCUGCCAGUUACGUACCAGGAACACAGUCAACUAUGGGAGAUCGAAUGUCAAUGGGAGAGAGACUUGGAAAUUAUAUUCAGUAUUUCUUCGGAAGUUAUUUCUUCGCGAAUCUUGGAGAUGCUGAUUUCGAAGAAGCGAAGAAAAUUGUUCCGAUAAACAGAUCCUGGAGGGAAGUCCUACCAGAAGCCUCAUUCAUCCUCACCAAUCAAAUCCCACUUCUCGAUUUCCCAUCCCCGACAUUCGAUAAAAUCGUGCCAAUCGGAGGUCUUUCUGUGAAAACUGAGAAGAAACACUUGAAACUUGAUGAGAAAUGGUCGAAAAUUCUUGGAAUUCGCAAGAACAACGUUUUCAUUUCAUUCGGUUCAAAUGCCAAGUCGAUGGAUAUGCCCGACGAGUUUAAGAAAUCUCUUUUGGAAGUUUUCAAGUCAAUGCCCGAAACAACAUUCAUUUGGAAAUAUGAGAACGAGAAAGACACAAUUGUGGAUCAUCUGGACAAUGUGUAUCUUGGAGAGUGGCUUCCACAAAACGAGUUGUUGGCUGAUCCGAGACUUUCUGUAUUCAUUACUCAUGGAGGAUUGGGAUCAGUCACUGAAUUAGCGAUGAUGGGCAAACCUGCAGUCAUGAUUCCUCUAUUCGCUGAUCAAGGCAGAAACGGACAUAUGUUAAAAAGACACGGAGGUGCUACAGUACUCAACAAGAACGACCUGGCUGAUUCGAAACUAGUCAAGGAGACGUUGGAAGAAGUUAUCAACAAUCCGAAAUACCGUCAAAGUGCUGAAAGAUUGGCUGAAAUGCUCACAAAUCAACCGACAAACCCGAAAGAAACUCUCGUUAAAUAUGUGGAAUUCGCAGCGAGAUUCGGAAAACUUCCAUCCCUCGACAACUACGGUCGUCAUCAGUCCUACAUUGAAUACUUUUUCCUCGAUAUUAUUGCUAUCGCUUCUGUUAUUUCCCUCAUUUCUCUGUACAUUUCCUACCGUAUCUUCCGAGUUGUUCUUCGCAAGAUUUUCUGCUCUAAAUGCUCUACUGAAAAGAGCAAAAAAGAGUAG